AAGAGGAGGGGAGAAUAGAUGUCGAGGAGGCGGCAUUCGGUCGGUUACGGAGGAAAGCAAACGAGGACCAUGCUAAAGAAGAGGAAGAAAUCCAACGACACAUCGAGGAGGUCGAUCGGUUAGAAAUCAGCCCGUGGCUCGACAGGACAGGAUGGCAUGAUUAUUUAGUCGGUUUAGAGAGGCCGGAUUUGAUUGCCAGCGUAGAGGGUCCCGACGUCGAGGAGGAGCCGGUGGAAGCGGUUAUUUGGAAAACCAUGCGAGAAUUGGCCCAGUUUUACCAAGAGACCGUGCGAUCGAGGGUGGGCAUUUUCAUUCGAUUGGAAGCCAUCCGGACAGAGAAGCACCAGACGAGAUAUCAGCCGUUACAGCCAUACAUAGACGAUAAGACGUUCUAGAAGUACGUUCGUGCAUGGCAGCGAGUGUUGAUGUUUUUCGCCAGGACGCAACGGUCACACGAUUGGGCCAGUCCGAAAUACCGGUUCACCAGGGAGAAGAAGAGGGUAUAGAGGGUGUUAGUAGUCGAGGCGAGGAAGGAGGCCGAAGGAGAGAGCGGGGAAGAGAGCGAGGAAGAGGAAGAGGAGGAAAGCAGCCAGGAUUCCGCAUCCAGCAGCGACGACGACACCAGUAGCAGUAGCGACGAAGGUGACAAGGCCAAAUUAUCCGCAGUAUAGCGGGCGUGUUUAGCGUUUUGCAUCGAGUUAUUAGAUCACCAGAUCGUGCAGCGGGAGUACGAGUCGCCGUUAGUUUACGCGUUAGCAGUUUUAGGUAUUAAGGAGGGCGGGUAGAAAGGGC